AUGUCUUCCCGUCGUCCCCAUAAUGAGUCCUACGCCGAUGUGGCGGCGAAGCCUGCCCCGAAGCCUGCCCCGAAAGGCAAGUCCGACGUCACUCCAGCGGUCCCCGCAGAUGUGAUCUAUAAGUUGCUCGGCUUCACCGCCGCCAUGGUUGCGGGGCCGAUUGGCAUGUACUUCCUGACCUUGAACACGAUCUUCAGCGGAAGCUCAACGCUUGCCGGUGCCACCGCGGCCGUGACCGCGAACGUGGUCUUGUUCGCCUACAUCUACGUGGCGUGGCUCGAAGACCAAGGGGACCAAAAAGCGUCCAAGGAAGACUCCAAGAAGGCGCAAUAA